AGUCCCCCCUGCAGACAGUAGUGCCUCACCGAGUCACCAGUGAGUGGUGGUGCUGGCAGACGGUGGGACGUAGACACUUGCCUUCCCUUGUUUGCUGUCUUGUGGGACUUUUUUUAUCCCCAUUCAGCCGCCGUCCUGUGAUCAUGUCUGACUCCGAGCACAAGGAGGAGAGCAGCCCGCCGUGGAGAAGAAGCCUGCGGAGGCCGAGGAGAGCCAAAAGGAGGCCACCCCAGCAGCCCCAACUGCAGCCAUGGUGGAGGCAGCUGAGGAGGCCAAACUGAGAUCCAAGUACCCCAAGUACCCUCCCAUGGCAGGACACUCUGCAUUUCUACAGAAAAGGCUCACCAAAGGGCAAAAAUAUUUUGAUUCUGGAGACUACCAGAUGGCCAAGCAGAAACCUGCCAGCAAGUCCAGGAUGCCACCGUUGCUUGCCCAGCCCACCGGUGAGGCCAUCCCCACCCCAGAGUCAGUGCCUGUCAGGAAGACCUCUAUCAUCCACAGCAAGCUGACUUCUGCAUCCUAAGCCACUCUCAUCCACUGACCUGUCUUCACCCACUUUCUGGGUCUUGGACAGACUAUGAUGACUCAACUACUACUUCAUGAUAACCCUGUUGUGUGUCUAGAGUGGAAAGGGAGUGUCAUUGAGCCUCCUGUGAUCUUGACCUAGUUGAACUGGACUACCAUGUAUUGCAUCAUAAGUGUUUGGAGUCGUGGUGGUCGUUUGGGUAAGUAUAGCCAAAUGUUCUCUUCCUUACCUAGCCUGUUGGAAUGGAUAUUUUGGCCUACUAACAUACAAAAACAGAUAAAAGGCUUCUUGGUCACAGAAGCAGAUUUAUGGCCGUGUCUGUGUCGUGUGAUACUAAGGUCUUUUGUGGUCCACUGAGGGUUUCUUAAAGCUUGAUGGUAGUUGAGAGUUGGCCUAGCAGUGAGGAUUUACAUUUUGAUUAAAUACAUUUACUUACUUUUUUUUUUGCCAUGAGUUGAGAUAGAAAAAAAAUUGUUUAACAUUUGUGAGUGACUUUGAGCUGGAGAAGUAACAAUAGUAAUAUUUUGCUUUAUUGAAAGAAAAUAUAUAAGCUUUUGUAAUGGUUUUAGAAACUCUCUUCAUCAAUAUUCCUUUCUACCCAGUCUUGUCAGCACUCCUAUUAUUUAAAAUAACCAAAAGUACUGUAGAUUCAUUAUUUUGUUUCAUCUCAAAGUAUUCUUAAGUGAAACUGUUUUUCAUGCCUUUCUUAGACUUGUGACAUGUUCUUGUAAGAAUAUGACAAGAAAGGAGAAAAAUCUAAAUCUUAGUGCAUCCUCAUAUUACUGCAAAACUGAUCGUGACUUGAAUAUUGACUCAAUUCUUGUAUUGCGUAGACUUUGAAAGUAGCUGAAUACAGGUUUCAUGACUCAUCAUCAGUUUCUACAAAAUUGCAAGUAUAGACCUAUACCAUGUGACUUUUAUCUAUAUGUCUUUCAUAUUAACCAAGAGAUAAAUCUUAUCCUUAAUAAAUGGUUGAUUAGAGCACUUUGCUUAGCUCUGGUGAGGUGAAGCUUGAGUGACCCUUGCAACCCCCCUUCCAGUGACCAGGUUAGGUUACCCCUCACUCACUCUGGUCACAAAUUUACUGCUGAGAGCCAUAGUCAUGCAGUUCUAUAUUUUUAACCAGUAUCAUUGUAGCUGUGUAUGGGUCUGGUGUAUAUGGGAAAACAUAUACAACUAUGGAUGUAAAUUUUCACAGAAGAAAUUUAUAAUAUUGUUUACAUGCCAUAUUUAACAUUCAUGGAAACCUUUUGUUGCCUGUCAAGUUUUCUCGUGUUUUGUGCUGUAAAAAAUAAUAAACAUAUUAGUUUUCA